AUGAAUUAUCAACAAACCACUAAAUCAGAAAUUAAUGAUAUGUCAAUCAAACGGAUGAAAAUAGAUGAUUAUACCAAUUCGAAUCUGAAUUAUCGAUUCACACGAUAUAAAAUCAAUUCAGAUGUUAAACUUAAGAAAUUUGCUUUUCUUAUAGAAUAUUAUGAUGAUAAUGAGAAUGUCGAUAUGGCUGAACAAAUGCAUCAAUUUCAAAGUGAUUGGUGGCUUGAUGAUUGUCGACCACCAGUCCUUGUUUAUCAUGAUAAUCGUAAUUAUAGAGUCAUUGCUUCGAUGCCAUGUUCAUCUUCAUUGCACUCUUUAACUUUGUCUAUUAAUCCAAACAUGUGGCCAUUGAAUAAAGGACAUUUCGAUUCAGCAUAUAUUUACUUUAGUCGUGUGACUUCAAUCUAUUUCAUCAACAACAAUCAACAACCUAUACAUCUCGAUUUUUUACAAUUGAUUAGUCAAGUUUUUCGUUCUCGUAUCGAAUAUCUAGAAUUUAAAUACUGGGGAUUCAAGUGUCCGCGUACACUUUAUGAACUACUAAUUAAUGCAACAGUAAUGACACCAUGUUUACCUGGUAUAAGAUAUUUGAAAACGAGUUCGUCGGAUUGGAAUGGUUUGGAUGGAAUGACACUAAUAAUUUGGCUAUUAUUGGCAUCCAAUGUUAGAGAAUUUUAUUUGCCAGGAGCGAAUAAUGCUGAUAAAUUACAAUUAGGAGAAGAACUCAAUGUAUUAUUUACGAUUGAUUCACGUUUGAGAACGAUUUCAACUCGUAUUGAACGAGUCAUUAUUAAUUGGUCUUUUGAUCAGAAUGAUGAUCAAACAAAACCGGAAGUUUUCGAUCUCUUUGCACAAAUUUUUCCAAAAGCUAUCAUUUGUAAUGUGUAA